AUGAAAAAAACCCAUCGAGAACAAAAAAGUUGGAAUAGCCCAGAUACGAUUCUGGUGAAAAUUGGGAUGACUACGAAGAAAAAUGUAGCAUUGCGACUGCAAGAAUGGGAGAAAACCUGUCAGCAUCCUGUUAUUAAUUUGUCUCCAGAAAGAGUCAGAAACUUACUAAGUGGUCGGGAAGAAUUCAUGAAUAAUGAUAAAUCUGACGUCAAGACACUGACAAAAUGGAUGAAGAAACUGUCUUUACAUAAAAAAGACUCUAAGAAAGUGAAAAUAUCUGCUGAAGGACCAAUAAAACGACAGCCAGAAAUUUUGCAAACAUAUAAAUAUGGUGGGUUUUUCCACGACGGGACAGGGCAUACGUCCUUACAGGAAAUUGAGAAUUCCAUUCACAGGUUGUUAUGGAAACAAUAUGGGAAAGGACUCGUUUAUUGCUAUGGAUGUGAUCCAACUGGGCAAAGGAGACAUACUGAAUGGUUCAAUAUUCCAAUUCAAAAACUCCCUUAUGUGCUACAUACGAUCGAUUCAUUUUGUUUAUCACAAAACGAAAUGGUUAAUCGGUAA